AUGAGUGCACCAACUGAUAUUUUACCAUUAGAGGUAAUUGACAAGACUAUAAAUCAACCUGUAUGGAUCAUUUUACAAUCAAAUAGAGAGUUCACAGGAACCCUUAUUGGCUUUGAUGAUUUUGUGAAUGUGAUCGUAGAAGACGCAAAAGAAUGGAUAGUUAACGAAGAUCAAAACGAAUUGGUGAUGGAACACAAAGGAAGAAUGUUGUUAAGUGGGAACAAUAUUGUAAUGUUAGUUCCUGGUGGGAAAAAAGAUAUAUAA